UUGAGCUGGUUAUUAUUACAAGCAGCGGCGCUAACUUCUUCACAGUCAAUAAUACCCAUUUCCUUCGUCGCCAAACAACUUUAUUUUUUUAAAAUUGCAGCAGCAUACAACAGCUUUGGAGUGGCAAGUGGUAUAUCGCCACUGGCGUCUGCUAAUCGAACCUCAACAACCGCUGGUCUCAACAGUGCACCCUCUUCUGCCGCACCUGUCGGAAGCUCAAGUUCGGGGGCGAGCGCAUCAGGCGCAUCAUCGUCACUGACGCAAAUUUCGCCGAACUGUCGCUCUUCUAGGAUCACCUUUAAUGAGCAAACACAACAAGAGCUAGCUCAAAUGCGCACCUAUAAUGGUAAAAUCGGAAAUGCAAAACCACCAUUCUCAUAUAUUUCGCUGAUAACGAUGGCAAUCCAGCGAUCUGAAUCUCGUAUGCUAACUCUUUCAGAGAUUUAUCAAUUCAUCAUGGAUAAUUACGCCUACUACCGACAGAACCAGCAAAGGUCAGCCGGGUCAGUGCUUAAAUUUCAGCCUACAUAACA